AUGAGUCCUUUUACUAGGAGUGCUUCUGUUUUGGGUUCAGCCGAAGGUCGCAGUCGGAAAUUCCGAGGGAAAGCCAGGAAACUGGGCAAGUCUGAUCGGAGAGUGAGCUGGAGGCUCAGUGAGUUGAAGGCUGACAAGAUCGGCGCUCCAGGAAUUGGGUUGAACCAGCGCAACAGAACAGCAAUUAUGCCGUCAGGGGAGAUUCGCCGGGGCACGAGGGUGAUUGGAAUGGUGAAAGGUGCCAAUUCGGUCCGGGUUUUGCGGUCUGGUCGGCGACUGUUCCCUGGAGCCGGGGAGCGACAGGUCAGGAGGGUUAAAGAAGAUGAAGACAAGUCGCUCCACCAUAGUAUCAAGAAGUUCCCACACAAAUGCAAGGAAAAUGUGGCCAGCAAUGAUGAUAGGCUAAAAAGGAAAGCUUCUGAAAGUGUUGUUCAUGGUGAAGCUCCCAGAAGUGUGAAGAGACCUCGUCUGGCAGUUAAGAAAGUCAAGAAAGUGAAGAAAGGUGCACCCGAGUCUGACAAGGUUGUCGUGACAAGGGAUCAAGUUGCUGUAGUUGACAAGAUGUUCGGGAUUGUUUACACAAGGAAAAGGAAGAGCGGGAGUAUCGUGAAGCUAGAAAGCUUUGAUAAUAAGAUGUUUGGGAUUCAAUUCUCACGGAGGCUGGCAAGGAAGCAGGGAGCAGGUUGCGUGGUUGAUGUUCAGACAUGUGUUUUUGUUGCUGUCGUUCAGAAUUCUGGUAGUCGUGCAGCUUCUCUCUUGACUUCAAUCUUUAGGCACAUCAACAAUGGUGUUGGAUUGUGUGAACUUGCUGGAUUCUUGUUCUCUCAGCCCCUUAACGGUACUUUUGCUUCAAAUGGGAUCCGGUUCUUGAAGGAUGCACCUGGUGCAAGUAAUGGAAUUUGCAAAUUUUUUGAUUCUAGUAAUACGGUGCCAACUUUUGAUUUGGACUUCUCUGUGAUCCCUUCAUGGUUUAUGCAAAUCCAUCUGAAUUGGGUACUAAGGUUGUCUCGUGUGCCUUCAAAUACGUCUUCGGAGGAAUGUGCUGAGAUGAUGAGUGAAGAUGAAGAAGAUCAGUUAUUCGUCAGUGUGAAGAUGCCCCAAGUUCAACUAGCAUCUGAAUCUGAUGUUUCGGAGAACAGGCCCUUGUUGAUUCCUUUGUUUAGACCUUCGAGGUUGACUGUCAAAAGCACUCUGCCAAGAAAUGGCCAUUACAGCCGUGGUGUUCGAAAAAGUCGGAGCUCGCGGAGGAGGAGAGCAAGAAAUCCGUCUCUGCUUGGAGUUCAGCCAUCUAAUGGCUUGAUGGUGACUAGUUCUAUUGGUAGCCGGAAGAAGACUCGUCGUCCCCUCUCAUCUGUUGUAUCAAUGUACAAACUUAGGAAUGCAUUGCCAGCUAGCUGCAUGACAGGAGGUCCAAAAAAAGCAGGGUUAGCGGUAGCUGGGGAGAACAAAUGCACAACAGGUAAAGCUGGCUGCUCCGCAGAUCUGCUUGUUAUUGAAUCUGACAGAUGUUAUCGGGUUAAAGGGGUUACCAUUGAUAUGGAAUCUUCUGAUUCAAAAGAGUCUGUACUCUUAGUGAAGAAAGAUGAUGAAACUAAGUUGUCCUUUUUGCCUCAACAAUACAUGAGGCCCAGCGCUGUUAACCGAGCAACUCACAAUGUCUUGUGGUCUGGGAAUGUGAAUUGGAAGCUAGAGUUUCCUAGUCGGCAGGAUUGGUCCAACUUCAAGGAGCUUUAUAAGGAAUGUCUAAAUCUCAAUGUGCCACCUGCCCUGACAGUGGUCAAGGCUAUUCCUGUUCCUGGAGUGCGAGAAGUGCAAGGCUAUGAAUCCAAUCGUUCUGGUGUAUUUUCAAGGCCAGAUGCUUAUAUCUCUGUAACCACUGAUGAAGUGGCCAGAGCGCUAGCGAAGCAUAGUGCUAACUAUGAUAUGGACUCUGAAGAUGAGGUAUGGCUAAAGGCAUGUAGCCCUGAAUCGGUUAAUGCAGUUAGGUGCUCUCAGCAGCUUACAGAGGACACAUUUGAGUUGAUGAUUGAUGUGUUUGAGAAGGCCUCACACUGCAGCUCUGAAGAGGUGAUAGAUGAGAAAGCCGCUUUGAGUCUUGCUGCUGACUUGGCUGGCCAAGAGGUAGCUGAAACUGUGUAUAGCUAUUGGUUGAAAAAGAGGAAGCAGAGGCGAUCAGCAUUACUGCGUGUUUUCCAGAAACAUCAAGUCAAGAAACCUCCAGUAACUGCGAAGCUUGUCCUACGUAAGAGACGGUCAUUCAAAAGACAGGGUGGCCAAAGUGGGAAAGGCAAGCAACUGGGUCUAUUGCAAGCCAUGGCGGUCGAGCAUGAUGCUCUGGAGGAAAGGAACGCCAUGCUUAAGCUGGAGGAAGCCAACGACUCGGUGAAGAGGUCCAUGGAGUUGGCGAUUGAGAAGCGACGCAGGGCACAGUUGCUGAUGGAGAAUGCUAGUCUGCUGUGUUACAAAGCCACCAUGGCACUUAGGAUCGCGGAGGCCCUUUCUGCCUUCGAUUCAGUGGAAGUUGCCACCACUGAGAUGUUUGAUGUGGGCAGCAGUAAUGGUGGUGACGAUGAUAAGUAA